AUGCCGGAUCCUCAAUCCCGGGGGUCUCCGUGCGCCCCCCGAGCGCGGAAAGCGCCGCGCAGCAUCAGACAAGGCAGCGCCCGCCCCACGCCCCGGAGCUUCCCCGAUCCCUCCUCCCUCCAUCCCUCCAUCCUUCCAUCCAUCCUCGCAUCCCUCCCUCCGGCCCCGGCGAGGAGGGGCUGGGGCGUGGCGAGCGCCGGAGAGCGCUCGGUGGCCAACAAAGGGGAGCGGGGGCGCAGGGGCGCGGCGCGGACAAAGGGGUCGCGCAGGAGCCGCUCCCUCCCCACCCCAGCGACGGGAAAAAUCCCCCCGGGACGAGCAGAGAGGGGCGCCACUCCCGACCCCGGGGACGCGGGUCCCGCUCGGGGCGCGGUGCCAGCAGCAGGACCGAGCUGCGGGGCCGCUCUGCCCCCGCUUAUCCGGCACUUCGGGGACAAAGGCGCUUUGCUGUCCCCCCUCGGGCGGGAGCCGCCCCCGCUGGAUUUCGGGGAGCGCGGCCGGGCGGGUCCCCGCGCUCGCACAAAGCCGCUUGUGUCGCAGCCCGGCUGCUCCCGGGCACGGGGCCAGCGCUGGCAGCUCCCGGCGCGGCUCUCAAAGCCCCGUUUGUGCCCCGGGGGGACCCGGCUGGGGACAGCGGGGACAGCGGCCAGCCCGCGCCGGGAAAGCCCAGAGAGUUGCCCCGUUCCCUCCUCCGUUCCCGGGGUCCCCAAACCCCCCGGGCCCGUUCGGAGCCGCCCCGGGCCCGUUCGGAGCCGCCCCCGGGGCCCGUUCGGAGCCGCCCCGGGGCCCGUUCGGAGCCGGUCGGAGCCGUUCGGAGCCGCCCCCGGGCCCGUUCGGAGCCGCCCCCGGGCCCGUUCGGAGCCGGUCGGAGCCGUUCGGAGCCGCCCCGGGGCCCGUUCGGAGCCGCCCCCGGGCCCGUUCGGAGCCGGUCGGAGCCGUUCGGAGCCGCCCCCGGGCCCGUUCGGAGCCGCCCCCGGGCCCGUUCGGAGCCGGUCGGAGCCGUUCGGAGCCGCCCCCGGGCCCGUUCGGAGCCGCCCGUUCGGAGCCGCCCCCGGGCCCGUUCGGAGCCGCCCCCGGGCCCGUUCGGAGCCGGUCGGAGCCGUUCGGAGCCGCCCCGGGGCCCGUUCGGAGCCGCCCGUUCGGAGCCGCCCCCGGGCCCGUUCGGAGUCGGUCGGAGCCGUUCGGAGCCGCCCGUUCGGAGCCGCCCCCGGGCCCGUUCGGAGCCGGUCGGAGCCGUCGGAGCUCCGGGCACGGAGCGGGGCUGGAGGAUCCUGGAUCCGAAUAACGGGAGCCGAGGGACACAGCGGGACAGACCCCCCUCCCCGAGCCCAGACCUCGCCGUGCCAGCCUCCCAGGGCGGCUGCGGAGGCCGCGGAGGCCGCGGAGGCUCCUGGCCAGCCGCCACCGCCGCCGCUGGCCCCGAGCGCGUGCGGGGGCCACCGGGGCCGGGUGACCUCGGGGCUGGCGGCGGCCCAGCCUUGGCAGGGAGAGCAGUGA